UUGGGCCAUUAAACAAUGACGAAAGCGCAGACGUGUAAGUACAACCGCCCAAUAUGUGUUAGGGUUUUUCAACAACUAUAUAUAUCCAAACCCACCCGUUUUUCUCCUCCAUUUCCUGUCUGCCGCUUUCGCCAUGGGGAGAAGACCUGCAAGGUGUUACCGCCAGAUAAAAAAUAAACCCUACCCAAAAUCACGAUACUGUCGUGGUGUGCCUGACCCAAAGAUCAGGAUUUAUGAUGUGGGAAUGAAGAAGAAAGGUGUUGAUGAAUUCCCUUUCUGUGUUCAUCUAGUGUCAUGGGAGAAAGAAAAUGUCUCAAGUGAAGCCCUUGAGGCUGCACGAAUUGCUUGCAACAAAUACAUGGCCAAGUUUGCUGGGAAGGAUGCCUUCCAUUUGCGUGUUCGAGUUCACCCAUUCCAUGUCUUGCGUAUCAACAAGAUGCUUUCAUGUGCAGGAGCUGAUAGGCUCCAAACUGGUAUGAGGGGUGCUUUCGGUAAGCCCCAGGGCACUUGUGCUAGAGUGGCCAUUGGACAAGUCCUUCUAUCUGUUCGUUGCAAGGACAGCAACAGUCACCAUGCACAGGAGGCUCUCCGUCGUGCUAAGUUUAAGUUCCCUGGUCGCCAAAAGAUCAUUGUUAGCAGGAAGUGGGGCUUUACUAAGUUCAACCGCACUGAUUAUCUGAAGUUCAAAUCUGAGAAUCGUAUUGUGCCUGAUGGUGUCAAUGCUAAGCUUCUUGGAUGUCAUGGACCAUUGGCGAAUCGUCAACCAGGACAGGCGUUUUUGGAUACUGCUGCAUCAGCUUAAAAAUCUUUGUUUGAGUGUUGAAGAACGUGAUAGAAUUUAGGCAUUCUAUUGUGUUUCAAUUACCUAUGCUAUGUUAUCUUUGUUCUGUUUUAAUAUCAAAUACUGGGGAGUUUUUUCAAUUUAAAAUCUAAAUUUUAUUUCUGUAUUGCGAUUGAAGUUUCUUUGAAUAUAUUCAGACACUUUUAAGGCC